GCUCGACUGAACCCUGCACGUAGCUCCUCAAACCACACCAUUCGCAUCGUGCAGAAGUCGAGCAGGCGGGCUCUGACCUGCUAGCAAAAGAAAUUUGACGUGUCUAUAAAGAGCCUUUGUCCUACCUGAGUCCGCGAUGUUUUGACAUUCGUUUAACAAAUUUUGAUUACCUGUGUCAUUAACUGGCGAAAGAGGCUUUUCCUUUACUUCAUACUUCGAGUGCUUCGAAGGCGACCGCUCAUGAGCCUGCCUUAAGGCCUUGCACAAUCAUUUCUGUUCCCAAAAACGACCAGGACAAAGAUUGAUCGAAGAGCUAUGAGUACGGCUAACAGCGAUAAAGAGGCCAUUUUCGUUGUCGUAGACCUGCCUAGAGACGGACCGUUCAAAACGUGGCAGAAAUUUAAAGACGUUGCGCGGACUGCACUUAGCAAUGGACAUAAGCCCGGUUGGACAGAGAUGAAGUCACAGGCGGACGGGUCUACCGUUGGCUACACACUGUGUAAGACUCGAGAGGACGCCAAGCUCAUAUUUGACUAUCUGAUGAAGCUCACCGCGAGCGGGUGCUGCGCUCAUGUUCACUGGUACGAUACCAGCUGGAGCAAAAGCUGGCCUGUUGCAUGCAGUUGUCCCACAGAGCAGCACCGCUCGAACUACGAUUACUACCGCCAUCACGUCCACUCUUUAACUCACUAUCAGUCGUCGCAAUACAUUGUACUUCCCAAUCCUGUUGCUUAUCCUCACCCGACAGCUUGGGGUGUGACUCCUGCGCCUGUUAUAUCGGAUCCAGUGCAUACGUUAGCGACCGAUUUCCAAAGCAUGGGAUUAAGUCGGCCAUAUUAUGCUCCUGUAGAGCCAGUUCCCGCUCCCUACUACGCCGUGCAGAGCCCUCAAGCUCCUGCGUACGUCCCAGCCACACAGCCACCGGCAAAUUACGUGACAAACUCCCACGGCUAUCCAGUGAAUACAACGAACGGGGUUGUGCAGUCGGAGCACAACGUCAUCAUUCUGAAGAACCUCGAUCCCGACAUUACGGAGCAAGAGCUCUACAUCGUACUCGGAAAAACUGUGAGCCCCACAAGUCUGGACAUCAAGCGUACUUCCGACAGCAAGAAGAAGUCAAUUUCAGCCGUCGCCACGUAUAACAGCUACAAGGACGUCAAACGAGUCUGCGAGCACUUCCGAGGGCGCAACAUUCACGUCAGAAAACGUGUGGUCAAGGCAGAAAUUGGUAAAGAUUCCUCGCCUCGCAGCGCAGUGCAGCCAGCUGUUGUGAAUGGAUCAACAACGGUGUCGUGACGACAGAACAGGAAGAGUGAUUUUUGCUGAUGGAGGACCUGGUAUAUCGGGACAGAAGGCGGCGUCCGGCACAGCUGAAAAUUCUGAUAGCUCGCUUGUUGCUGCGGCCAGGAAGAAUCCAGCCGCGGUGUCUUGUCUCACCUAAUCUUCGUGUGCGCUGUUGUUAUCAAAUCAGUCUUGCCAUCAAGUCUGGCUUCCAACUUCUUGCAUAACUGUUCUGCUCCAGGGCGUUGUGCCUUGCCGUAGCGAGCAGUGGGGGGACGAUAGCCAAGGUUUG